AUCAUGGCUAAAAAAACUCAAGCCAGAGCUCUCGUUCUAUUAUUGCUGUCCCUCCUCCUCUUCCUAACUCUCCUGGAAACCACCGAGGCGCGCCGCGGCCGCCACGCCCGCCAUACCCACCAUGCCCGCCGCACCCACCACGCCCACCGCACCCACCGCACCCGUCGCGGUGGCAUAGCUGUAUACUGGGGCCAAGACGGCAACUUUAACGGCAACGAAGGAAACCUCACCGCACUCUGCGCCACCGGAAGAUUCACCUAUGUCAACAUUGCAUUCCUCGACGUAUUUGGCAACGGCCAAACCCCUCAACUCGGCCUGGCUACACAACACUGCAACCCCGCCACCAAUGGCUGCACCAUCUUUAGCGGGCAAAUCAGGUACUGCCAAAGGAAGCGCAUCAAAGUGAUGCUCUCCAUUGGCGGCCUCGUUGGAGACUACACUCUCGCUUCCAAAGCCGACGCAAAAAAUGUUUCCCUGUAUCUCUGGAACAACUACUUAGGCGGAUGGUCAUCGAAUCGCCCUUUCGGUGCUGCUGUAUUGGACGGUAUAGAUUUCUACAUUGAGCAAGGUUCCCCACUGUAUUGGGAUGAUCUUGCCCGCUAUCUACAUAGUUAUAGCAAGCGCGGAAAGAAGAAGGUGUACUUAUCGGCUGCCCCACGGUGUGUGUACCCCGAUUUUCUCUUAGGGAAUGCUCUUAAAACAGGCUUUUUUGACUUUGUUUGGAUACAGUAUUAUGACAAUGCAUGUGAGUACGUUGGUGGAAAUACUACUACUGAUUUGUUGAAUUCGUGGGCCGUGUGGACCAAGUCGGUAAAAGCUCGGAUGUUUUUCGUGGGAUUGGUGGCACUGCCACGGCCGCCCGACACCGAUGUUAUUCCGAGCGGGUUUAUUCCAGUCGACGUGUUAACGAGUCAGGUACUACCGGUGGUAAAGAAGUCGAGAAAGUAUGGGGGUGUGAUGCUUUGGAAUUUGUUUUACGAUGAGGAGGAUGGGUAUAGUACCGGCAUUCUAAGCAGUGUGCGAUGAAAAAUCGUGGAGUCUUUGUUUUUGGUUUUGCCAAUUUGUAGUCUCUUCAUGUAACAAGAAUGUGUUCAUUGGUUUGAACUCUGAACUAUUGUUUCA